AUGGCUUAUUAUCCUUAUACCAAAGUUCAACUUUCAUUAGUUAUUUCAUUUGUCAUCAAUAUUAUGAUGAUGACAAAUGCUUCAAUUUUCAAACCAAGAAUUACUGAACAAUUUAUAAGUGACCUUCCUCAGAAUACUCACCUACUUUAUGUUCAUUGUCAAUCUAGAGAUGAUGAUCUUAAAGUUCACACACUUAAACCGGGUGAUCAAUUUGAUUUCUCGUUCCGUCGAAGUAUCCUGGGCACUACUCAUUUUCAUUGCAAUUUUAAAUGGGAUACAAAGUAUAGUGAGUUUGAUGUUUUUUACCGAGAAAAGAGCGUUUGUAAGUAUCACGAGUUCACUGAGAACGAUCUUUAUUGUACUUGGUUGGUGAAGGAUUCUGCUAUAUUUCUUGCUCGUACUAAGCAUCCUUCACCUUCACCUAGUGAAUUCCAAUUUGCCUAUGCUUGGGCGUAA